AUGAGUCAUCAUUCGCAAACAAAAAAAUAUGAGAGUUUAGAUAUCAUCAUUCCUGUUGAAGAAGAAGAAUUAAACAAUACUAGAUUUUAUACGCAUAAUAUUUACGAGCAUUUGUAUAAUGGUAGAAUAGGUGCUCCAGUUCGUGAAAAAUUAUUGAACGGUGCCAAAGUUGCUGCCGACUAUCCAAAUUCAGAAUUUUAUGGAGUUGAUUUUGCUAUACCAGAUUAUUUUGUCUCACCAUAUUUUGGAGAUAAAGCUAAUGUUACAUUCAUUGAAUGUGAUAUUUAUAAAAAGUUACCAUUCCCCGAUAAUGAAUUUGAUUAUGUUUUUUCUAAAGAUAAGUGUUUAUAUAUGGAAAGAAGUAAAUUUCAACAAGUUUUAUUAGAACUCUUUAGAGUAUUAAAACCUGGGGGUUGGUUAGAGACCGGGAAAGCCGAACAUAUAUUAUGUCGAGCGAUAGACACUCAGAUAAAAGGCGGAUAUGCUUUUGGAGAGUUUAUUACAGAAGUUAUUUUAUUUAUUUAUAGAAGUUCAAGAGAUUAUUUGGCGCCUUUUAUGAAUAUUUCACUUGAAGAAUAUGAUAGCUUGUUGAAUAAUGCUGAAAGUGAAUUCAUUGCCGAAGAUAACAAAACAACAUUAAAAAACAAGCAA